CCCAUCGCAGCAACUUGAGCUUCACAUCUACCCAAAUCAGCACACGAUGGCCUCCGACUCCCCCUCCGCCGACCAGGUACAUCAGCCCGGCACCGCCGACGGCUGGCACGGCAUCAUCCCCAGCAAUGCGUUCCCCGCCGAGCCCAACCGCUACCACCUGUACAUCGGGCUGUUCUGCCCGUUCGCGCACCGCGUCAACUUCGUCCGCCACCUGAAGGGCCUCACGCACAUCAUCCACACCAGCGUGGUCAAGCCGUACCCCAAGGGCGACGCGAAAGGCUGGCCCGGGUGGAAGUUCCCGGCCACCGAGACGGAGUACCCCGGCGCGACGGUGGACCACCUGUUCGGGGAGGACUACCUGCACAAGGUGUACUUCCGGGCGGAUGCGGAGUACAAGGGGCGAUACUCGGUGCCGUUGCUGUGGGACACGAAGAGCAACACGGCGGUUGCGAAUGAAAGCAUCGACAUCCUCCGCUGGCUGCCGCGCGCCUUCAACGCGCACCUCCCGCCCGCCCUCGCCGCGAUCGACCUGUACCCGGCCCACCUCCGCGCGAAAAUCGACGCCAUCAGCCCCUGGCUGCAGGCCGACCUCAACACCGGCGUGUACAAGGCCGGCUUCGCCGAGACGCAGGAGGUCUACAACGAGAAGGUGAUCCCGGUGUUCGGGGCGCUGAACAAGCUCGAGCGCCUCGUCGCCGCCCACGGCGGUCCGUUCGUGCUGGGCAAGGAGAUGACGGAGCUCGACGUGCUGCUGUACGCCACGCUGAUUCGGUUCGACACGGUGUACGUGCAGCACUUCAAGUGCAAUCUGGGCACGAUCCGCCACGAUUACCCCGUGUUGAACAACUGGCUGAAGGGGAUGUACUGGGACGUGCCGGCGGCGCGCGCGAGUACGGACUUCCGGCAUAUCAAGGAGAAUUAUACCAAGAGUCACGAGAUGAUCAAUCCGCGGGCGAUUACGCCGGUGGGGCCGUAUCCGGAUGUCGAGGAGGGGGUGGAGCGGGAUUGGGGGGUGUUGAGGGUGGGAGGGGUGAAGCAUCCGAAGGUUUUGGAGUAUGAGGCCGGGAUUCCGGAUACUAAAACCCCACAGAAAAUGCAAUUCACAAUCCUCACCACCCUCACCACCCUCUUCCUGGCCGCCUUCGCCGCCGCAAACCCGGAGGCCAACCCUAACCCGGAACCCUUCAACAUCGGCUUCGGUGUGGAUGCCGCUGCCAACGCGGCUGCUGAGGUCGCUGCGCAGGCGGGGGCGGGGUUGGGUGCUGGUGUGCAUAUCUAAGCUUUACUCUUGACCGGGACUACUUGGUGGUGCUUUCUUGGUAAAGCUGGAGGGGUGAGCUGAGGUAUGGCUUUUUUUCGGUUGGGGAUGGUGUGGAGGGAUGGGGUGCUGAUGUUUUUUACAGGGUUGGUGAGAUGGAGGUGGGGGUUUAGCUGCGCUUGGUGAUG